GUACCACAUUAACGAAAGUUCUCUGCGGCAAAGAGGUUUUCUUUUUUAAACAGCUUUACUGAGGUGUUAUUGUUUCGGUUAUUUAAAAUCUACUCUUGUGGUUCUUGGCUGAACUGUUACAAGGCUGGUUAAUUACUACCACAUCCGUCCGCUUACCUGUGGGUACCGGAAGUAAACGCUGACAGUGUGCAUCCCAAAUUUACGUUAGCCCGACUCCUGCUUCCUGGCCCGCCCUUGGCAGCGACGAGAGUGGUGCUGGUCUCUGGGGCUGAGGGGCGGAACUUCCGGCUUCAUAUUUCCGGAGACGCCGAGCCGCAGACCUGGGGCGGGGAUCUUUGAACAGCUGCUAAUAUUUCUCUCCUUGGUCGCGGCUAUACUUAUUGGUAUUCUUCCGCUGUCCAGACUCGGCUGGCUUUUCAGCCAAAACGUUCUUCCUGUGGCCCUAUUUCUCUGCGUUUGCUAUUAUUUUCCGUCAUCAGGAAACAUCACUCGUUGGUAAUUUGUGAAAUUCGGAAAAUAUCCCUGGAGACGCUGUCGUGGGAAGGCGCAGGCACUGCAGGUUUCCAGCAUUUUGGCAAACAAACUCAGAGGCCUCUUAGCCGCAGCUUCGUAACUCAGAACUGUUUGUGGUCAUUUUAGAAAUAGGAAAUGAAACUCAGGAAAUGAUGAAUUUAAGACACUUGAAGACACAUGCAACAACUGUCUCCAUAAUGCCAGGCUAGGGACAAGAAUCCAGUCUUUACCUGGGGAGGACAUAGUCAUACCCUGUCUGUAAUGGCAGCUGAAGUGCAGAUGGUACUUUAUGAAGAUGAUUCAGUACAAGUACAGUAUGUUGAUGGUUCUAAAUUGCAACUUUCUCCCUGUGGCUCUGAAUUUUUAUUUGAAAAGUCACCUCCUAUUUCAGCACAUCCUUUAGAACAACCAGAAAGAAUUCGUCAAAGGACACACUUUGUUAUUAGCACUUACCGAAAACAACUUCAGCGUGCCCUAGAUUUUCGAAAUGCUUCAGCUACUUGCCCUUUUUUAUCUGAAAGAAUCAUUCCUUCUGAAAGAAAAAAGCAUAUCUUCAUUGAUAGUUCAGAAGUGAGAUGGCCCAAUCUUGAAGCAGAUGACAGCAUGAUAAGUAUGGAGGGUGGCACUGUGAAGAUAACAUCUUUAGAUGGCCACGCAUACCUUUGCCUGCCCAAAUCUCAGCAUGAAUUUACAGUACAUUUUUUGUGUAAAAUUAGCCAGAAGCCAGGAUUAUUGUCAGAAAUAAAUAAAAAAGUUCCAAAAGAUAAACUAGUUGAAAAAGCCAACAAGAUCUCUGGAAGUUUAUCAGGACAAAGACUAAAGAAUAAGGAAAAUGAACUUUGUUGCCAGAUCUUGAAAUCCAAAGAACCUUUACAGAAGACGAGUUGUGCAAAUGAAACUGAAGGGAGAGCGGAGCUGCCUUCAUCUGAUGCAAAUCACACAUGUAUAUACACAUGGGUAGAGCAGUGCUGGUCUGUGGCCUCCUGUCCAGAAGAAUGGCAGUACCCUUUGUCUUUAGCACUUUUUUUUCAUAAUAAAGUUACUCAUAUGCCUAAAAUUGAUCCAGAUACCACCACGAGUAGAAUUUUAACUUCUCACGUUUCAGAGGAAAGAAGAAAAGAGGUUUCCAUUCUUCCCAAGGCCCUGUUACUCAGUUGUCCUUUCCCACAUCUGCACAGGUGGAAGUUUUGUGAUACACUUUUACAGACACAGACUGAUGAAGAAUAUUCUUAUCCUGAACUAGUAAAAGUGGUUUGGUAUAAGGGUAUUACGUACAGGCUUACCCAUAAAAAUAUGAACUCAAUAGAGAUUUAUCCUGGAGAUGGAUCUGUUUUAAAGUCAGAAGGAGCUCAUUUUGGGAAUUAUUUUACCUAUUAUUCCUGUCAAGAAGGAGCAGAAGAGAGAGAAGAGAAAACUUACUCAGUGAACAACCUUCCUCCAGAUAGACCAGGAAGUCUGUUCUCUGUAUGUUCUCUGAUUAAGCAGGCAACCAGAAUUCUUCAACACUGUGCCAAGACAAGGCUUUCUCUAAGCCAUAACUAUGGUAUAUGUUGCUGGAAAAUGGUACCUGGGAUAAAUAAUAGCAACAUUCUGCCUUUACUUUUGAAAGAGUCACUCAUAUCCAAUGUGGGAAGAUUUCUUGCCUACUCUGAUGACAAAGUACAUGCUAUUUUUUUAGAUGGCAUCACUUUAACCUUGAAUUGGAAUUUCAGCUCUUUUGUUGAAAAAGAACAGGUAAAUCAAGGUCUCAACUUAGGUUGGUGUAGGUUAACUUUUCCUGAUGGACAAGAUCAGUUAAUUCAAAUUGAACACCCUGGACCAUAUGAAAGAUAUGUGAAAAUAGUAACAUCGUGGUGCAGAGGACUCACUCAGAUGAGUCCAAGAGAGAUGCUCACAUGUCCUUCAUCUUCUCUUCUUGAAGAAAAUUGGUCUGUUGCUUCUGAACUUGAAAAGAUACAGAAGUUUAACUUGCUACUGGAAAAUAGUGGUGUCUUAAACUACACUUCAAGCAAGAAAAAUGAACAGUCUUCUGAUUCUUCAGAAAUCCUAUUAGAAGUGGACGAAAAGAGAGUAUCAGUAGCAUUGAAAAAAACUUCUGAAAUCCUUCAGGAUAUUGACUAUCUUCUAUCAAACUCCAAAAAGUGAAAAAUGGAAUAAUUACGAUAUGUUAUUAAAGUCAGGAGGGGUGCUUCAAGUUACUGGUAAAAAGAUUACUAGUAAAUCCAGAAAUUGCAUAUAUUCUAUACAGUGGCUGAGAAUUGACAUUUAAUCUUGAUUGUAUUUUGCCUAAUUUAUACUUUCUUAAAAUAUAUAGUAUAGGGCCAGGGAUUUAGCUCAGUGGUUUUGCCGCCUGCUUUGCA